GGUCCUUCAGAAUCAGAGAGAAAUGAGCGUCGACCACCUCCAACCAGACAAGCUACAUACCAAAGUCUGCCGGAAAUGCAAUCACGCUGUCUCUGCAACCACCACAGAACUCCCCACAUACGCCCUCCAGUCGCAGGCGCCCCCCACAAGGCGCCAAGCGCUAGAUGUUCAGUUUUCUCUGCAAAGGGACGAGGCGUCUAUAACUGAAUAUACCAAGGAGAUCCGACACGCCGAGCUCGCGCUGGAACGACUACGCGCCCAACGCCAGGUGCUCUUAACCAACGCUGAGCGCAAACGUGCUUUCCUGGCCCCCAUACGGAGACUUCCGACCGAUGCUCUCGCUGCCAUCAUAACCUAUACUCUUGAAGACGUCUUCCUCCGCAAGCCGGACUCCGCCCUCCUCGAGCAGCAUGCUGUGCUCCGCGUCUGUCAGCGCUGGCGAGCGAUAGCCCUCAGUGCUACCUCUAUAUGGGCAGAAAUUGCGCUCUAUCCAAUGUCGUAUUUGAACUGGCACGAGACUCUCAAGCGGUGCUUGCGGCGCUCGCAGGCGCGUGCUCUAAACAUCACGUUGAAUGGAGCAUGCCCUCCGUGGCGUACAGGCAAACCUGUGUCGGAGGUCGUUCCACAGGGGGAGUGGGCCGCGGUGUUGAAACCGUUGCUCGCGAGCGCGGGUCGAUGGAAGGCCUUAGUCAUUGACAGCAUCUGCCCGCCGGACGCUCUACUCCGGCAGCGCAGGCGGCUGCCGUUGCUCGAGAGACUGGACCUCACCAGCAUCCACACACCUAUUAGAGGCGCCGAUACAUACAACCUCUUCGAAGACUGUCCUUCGUUAUACGCCGACGUUCGGCUUGACGAUGUGGAUGUCCGCGCGUUCAGCCUACCUUGGGGUAGCUUUCACACCCUGGAGCUCGCGAUGCGCCGGGAGGACACCAUCGACGAUGCCAUCCAGUGCCUAGCCGAGUGCAAACGGGUCCAAACGCUCACCCUCACGAUGUAUACCCGCGGUCCGACCUCCAUACAGCAAUUGUACCUUCCCGCCCUGCGAUAUCUGGACGUCCGCGAGGAGGCCAGAUUCAUCCUCCCGCACCUGGUCGCCCCAGGGACGGAAGAAAUCAGGGUCGGGGGGAGGAGCUUUGACGACGAGGAUCCCUCCAACAUAACCCUUCUGCGUCGCUUUGCAGCCGCAGCAAAGGACAACGCGUCUCGCGUCCACUCCCUCGCCAUCGACGCGUUGAAAGGUCCCGCGUACAACAGGGAUCAGUGGCGCAAGCUCUUCAAGUGUUAUCCUGGCGUCCGACGGUUGUGCGUUUCGGACCCGGACAUGCAAGACGGCAUUGGCACAAUCCCUAAGCUUCUGACAGCCUAUCCCGACCUCCUUCCGAGCCUCACCUUGCUGAAGUUCUCUCACUUCCAACUAAACUCAGGCUCGCAAGCGCGAGCACUCGGGCCCCUCGCGGACGCUCGCACAUUGGAUAGUCGCCCUGCUGGUACGCCACAGCUGGUUAUCGAGAUUUCGGAUGACUUCGAGGGCUUCGGGGACGAGGGUGUCAAUUUCUGCAUCGAAAAGGGGAUUGCGGUCGGGAGCAAGCGUCCGAAGGGAGCAGAGUCCUCAUGGCAGUUCACAGCAUUUCCUAAUGCAAGACCCUCUCGAUGGCCCAACUACUCCUGGCUUGAUGAUGAGGCAAGGCCCAAGCUUGAUGUGAGCCGAGUCCGUCCGGCACUACCGUCUCUGCCUCUCGAUGAAAAGAGCAGAUCCACUGCGUAUUCAACAUGACCUAGGCGCAAUUACUAUGAAAAUAC